AUGGCUCGAUCGCGGGAAUGGCCGAUCGCCCAGCACAGACACUGCCACCCAGGGGCAGCCUCGGCCAUCCCCAGAAACGGUCAACAAGGGGCAGCCACGCCCCAUAAAACCAUCCCCUCGCCCCCACCAUCCAUUCACCACCACCCCCGCGGAAAGAUGACCCACGACAUUCCAGAACAAUUCUCCGGAUAUGCGGCACACGACGAGCAGGCGGGCAAGGCCUUCGACCUGAAGCCGUUCCGAUACACGCCCCAGAAGUGGCACGAAGCGCUCGUCGACAUCCGCAUCAGCCACUGCAGCAUCUGCGGCUCGUGCAUCCACACCCUGCAAAACGGCUGGCCCAGCCCGACCCAGUACCCCGCCAUCUGCGGCCACGAGAUCGUCGGCACCGUCGUCCGUGCCGGCAAAGACAGCGGCCACACGGAGGGCUCCCGCGUCGGCGUCGGCGCCCAGGCCGGCUCCUGCGGAACGUGCGACAAUUGCACCUCCGGCAUGGAAACCUACUGCGCGAAGGGCAUGAUCGGCACCUACCAGGGCAAAUGGCCCGACGGAUCCAUGGCCCAAGGCGGGUAUGCGGACUACGUGCGUGUCCAAGGCAAGUUUGCGAUCGAGAUCCCCCAGCAGCUCUCGUCCGAGACUGCGGCGCCGAUGAUGUGUGCAGGCAUCACGACCUACAAUCCCGUGAAGACGGGGGGCGCGGGGCCGGGCAAGAAGGUGGCGAUCGCGGGCGUCGGCGGGCUGGGCCACCUAGGCAUCCAAUGGGCGAAGGCGCUAGGCGCCGAGGUGUAUGCGCUGAGCCACUCGGACUCGAAGAAGGCGGACGCGGCGAAGCUCGGCGUGGCCCCGGACCACUUCAUCAUCGCCGCGGACGCUGCUGCGACCGCCAAGACGUGGGCCAACGCCUUCGACCUGAUCGUGUGCACCAGCAACCAGCACGACCUGCCCGUCGACACGCUGUUCUUCCCGAUGCUCAAGCCCCAGGGAAGACUGACGAUCGUCGGCCUCCCCGAAGAAAAGAUCCCGGCGUUCUAUGGCCACGCCUUGGUCGGCAAGGGCAUCAGCUUCGGCGGCAGCUUGAUCGGGCCCCCCGCGAUGAUCAAGGAGAUGCUCGACGUCGCCGUCACCCAUGGCGUCCGCGCCUGGACCUCCGCCCAUCCGAUGGCCGACGUCAGCCAGAAAGUCAAGGACAUGAACGCCGGCAAAGCUCGGUACCGCUACGUCAUGACCAAUCCGUAA